AUGGCUCCGGAGGAAGCGCACGCGGUCCUGCGCGAGAUAGACCUCAUGAUAGGCGCCAUGACCGACUCCUUCAACGUGCAAUACAACAAGGGCCGCUGGAAGAGCCACCAACACGUCCACAUCAAGGUGACCAUCGACGAGCCCACGUUCCGCCGGAUCAAGCGUCAGCACCUCUCGGCGCGCGAUUGGAGAUACACCGUGCUGGAGCCGAUCGAGCACGUGCGUCGACGCCCCGACACCUACAUCGGCUCGAAGGAGCCGGUCACGAGGGAGUGCUUCGUGGCCGAUGCCGUCGAGGGCCCCAUCUCGAAGCGCGAGAUCACCUUCAAUCCGGGACUCUACAAGAUCUUCGACGAGGCUCUCGUGAACGCCAUCGACAGGUCCAAGAGGGAUGAGUCCUUGACGUACAUCAAGGUCACCGUGGAGGGAGGACGGGUCCGCAUCAAGAACGACGGAGCCCCCAUCCCCGUGGUCAAGCACCAUCAGAUGACGGAUCUGUACGUUCCCGUGGUCGUCUUCGGGGUGCUGCUCUCCGGCAACAAUUUCGACGACUCGCAGGACCGCCUGACGGGCGGACGUAAUGGCCUCGGCGUGAAGCUCGCCAACAUCCUCUCGACGCGCUUCGACGUCGAGGUGGUGGACCGGGAGCGUAACCUCAAGCUGACCCACUCCUGGGGGGAGGGCAUGGUCACGAGGGGCGAGGACACGAAGGUGAAGAGGCUGGCGGAGUCCAGCAAGGAGCGCUCCAGCGUGACGGUCUCCUUCGUCCCCGACUUCGAGUACUUCGGGGAGGCGGAGCGAGCGUUCUCCGAGGACACCGUCGCGCUGUUCCGUCGGAGGGUCAUGGACGCCGCCGGUUGCACCCCCCGGCCCGCCGUCUCCUUCGAUGGCAAGACCAUCAAGGUCAAACGGUUCGUGGACUACGUCCGGCUCUACGAGACGAACGGAGGGUGGGUGGAGCACGUAUUCGGGCCCUGGAGGCUGGCCGUCUCUAGGUCGGCGCCCGGUUCCGGGUACUCUCACGUCUCGUCCGUCAACGGGGUCGUCACGCCGAUGGGGGGCACACACGUGGACAUGGCGUGCAACGCGCUCAUGCGUGCUCUCGGGCAGGCGAUCAGGGGAGCCGAGCGCUGCACGACCGCCAUGAAGGCGGCCAUCUUCCUCGUCGUCCACGUGGACGUGGCGAAUCCGAGCUUCUCGAGCCAGUCGAAGGACGCGUGCAAUACGCCGGCCUCCAGGCUGCCCCGGUUCGAGCUGCCCGCGGAGGUCGCGAAGAAGGUGGUCGACCGGCUCAAGCUCCGGGAGGUGGUGGCGGAGUCGGAGCGCGCCAGCGACAAGCGCCUCCUGGCCUCUACGAACGGCACCAAGUCCUGGGGCUCGGCGCUCAAGAUUCCCAAGCUGGACGACGCGCCCAAGGCCGGGACCCGCGACUCGCACCGUUGCACCUUGCUCCUCACGGAAGGCGACUCGGCCAAGUCUUUCGCCGUCGCAGGCGUCGGCGCCCUGGACCGGACCGAGCGCGAGUACUGGGGCAUCUUCCCACUGAAGGGCAAGCUCCUCAACGUCUCGGAAGCCUCCGCCAAGCAGCUCGCCGCCAACGCCGAGGUGACGCGGAUCCAGAGGAUCGUGGGUCUGAAGCACGGCACGUCGUACGAGUCCGUCCGCCAGCUGCGCUACGGCCGGCUGGUCGUGCUGGCGGACGCCGACAGCGACGGCUACCACAUCCUAGGGCUCAUCAUCCACUUCGUCGAGACGUUCUGGCCCAACCUGGUCGACCUCGGCUUCGUCUGCUCCCUGAGGACCCCCAUCAUCAGAGCGAUCCCGUCCGCCGGCAAGGGGAGCUGCGUCGAGUUCUUCAGCGAGCGGGCGUUCUCCGAGUGGAUCGACGACGAGAGGAAGCGCCGCUUCAAGAUACGCUACUACAAGGGACUGGGCACGCAUACCUCGGCCGAGGCGAAGGCCGUGUUCGGCAAGAUGGACCUCGUCAGGUACACGCGCGACGACGAGGGACACCGCAGCAUGCAGCUCGCCUUCUCCGGUUCUCGCUCGGACGAGCGCAAGGGCUGGAUCGUGGCGGCGACCGCGACGCCCCCACAGGAGCUGACGGGGCCCGAGAUGAGCCUCACCGAGUUCGUGAACAACGACCUGGUGCGGUACGGGCUGGCGGCGAGCGAACGGGCGCUGCCCUCCGUCUGGGAUGGUCUCAAGCCCAGCCAACGGAAGAUCAUCUUCACCUUGCUGGAGUCGCCGGAGGCCGACGAGAUCAAGGUAGCCCAGCUCGCGGCCAAGGUGGCCCUCCGCACGAUCUACAAGCACGGGGAGACCUCCCUAGCGAGCGCCAUAGUGAAUCUCGCCCAGGACUUCGUCGGAGCGGGCAACAUCAACCUGCUCCAACCCAUCGGCUGCUUCGGAACGCGGCUGCUCGGCGGGAAGGACGCAGCCAGCCCUCGCUAUAUCUUCACGAAGCUGUCCGCGCCGGCCCCUCUGAUCUUCCGCCGCGAGGACUCGGCGCUCCUGAGGCCCCUCACGGAGGAGGGCGAGAGAAUCGAGUUCGAGCACCUCGCACCCGUCCUCCCGAUGCUGCUCGUGAACGGGUGCAGCGGCAUAGCUUGGGGUUUCUCCACGAGCAUCCACCCCAGAGAUCCGAAGACCAUCAUGGCUAACCUCCGGCUGCUCCUGGGCGUCGGCAAGGGAGCCGCGCUGCUUCCGAUGCCCCCUUUCUGGAGGAAGUUCCGGGGCACCGUCGAGUCGGCCGGCGAAGGAAAGUCGUGGGUGGUCAAGGGCUCUUUCGAGCGCGCCGGGAACGCCACCCUGAGGAUCACGGAGCUGCCCGUCGGGACCUGGACCGAGACGUACAAGGAGCUCGCAGAGGGGAUGGACGGUGUGGCGAGGGUGCACGCCACGUCGACGGAGGAGGAGGUGCGCAUCGAUCUGGUUUUCGAGUCGGAGAGAUGCCUGUCCGAGAGGCUGGAGGGGGAUCCCGAGAGGGCGCUCCGUCUCAGGAAGAACGUGGACGAUGGCAACAUGUACGCCUUCGACACCGGGGGCGUCAUCCGGAAGUACGGGUCCGUGGAAGAGAUGCUGCUAGAGUUCUUCGACGCGAGGCUGGAACUGUACGGGAGGCGGAAGGCGCGGAUGCUGUCGGACCUGGAGGAGGAUCUUCGGUCCAAGCGCGACCAGCGUGCCUUCGUGGACGCCGUGGUGGCCGGCCGCAUCGCCGUCUGGAGGCGACCCGCCGAAGAGGUCGUGGACGACAUACUGACGCUGGCGACGACGGCUGAUCGGACGGAGGCCCGCAACAUGCUCAAGAUGCAGCUGGCCAGCAUGACGAGCGAGCGGCUGGUGGAGCUAGAAGGCAGGAUAAGAAGCUUGGAGACUCAGAUAGCGGUGCUGGAAGGCAAGACGCCUCAGCUUAUCUGGAGCGCGGACCUCGAUGCCCUCGAAAAAUACCUCUGA